UAUAUGCAAGUGAUAUAAAGGAUGCAUGGGAUCUUGCAACACUACAUUCGAUGAGUUGCUGUCGUCAUACGCAGAGGAACAACGCAUGGAGAGUCAGUUUGAUGGUUGGUUGUGGGUUUUGAAUCGCUGUUGCAACACUAGACCCACAAAGAUGUUUCGCCAGACAACGCAGUUGGUGUUGGCCUUCUUUUUGGCCGCAGCUAUGGUUUCUGCCACUGACAGGACGUUCGCCAUUGGAGGAUACGGCAACUUAGCCCCUUACUUCGGAUACGGUUCCCUUCGGAGGACAGUCAAGUGUCCCCGACAGAUCAGCUGUCCGUAUCCGUACAACCAGUCCCCUUGCUGCAUGCAGCCGCAGCCUGUACCUAUGCCUAUGCCUAUGCCUCCCGCUCCUUCACCACCUGCUCCCUCACUACUACCCCCAAUUCCUAUGCCCGGCCCAUGUCCUACGCAGCCGAACUGUGCCCCACCCUACUACCAUUAUAACCCUUGCUGCUUCCAGCCUGCCCCCCAACCAACACAGCCACCUCCUCCAACACAGCCACCUCCUCCAACACAGCCACCAACUACUCAACCAACUGAACCGCCAACAACUCCCGCUCCCCCAACAUUACCGCCAACGCCUCCGCCAUGGCCAACGCAACCUCCAACACCAGCCCCAACGCUACCUCCAGCUCCCACGCCGACGUACAUUCCCGUACCUCCCCAGCCUCAGCCGUGUUGCAACUACAUGUGUCCUCCACAACCUACUGUCUGUCCUUACGCUGCAGCAGCUGCAGCAGCUGCCGCUGCUGCCAGAGGCAGAAGGUCUGCCAGACUUGCAGAGCGUCCCUGCCAUAUUGACGGGCACUGCCCUUCUGAUUCUUCGUGUUGCUACGACGGCUGUGCCACCAACAAAGUCUGCAAAAGGACAGCCUAUCCGAAUGCAACAGUCACUUACCAGGCUCCGAAGGUCAACAUCACUGUCAUAUUUACAUCUGGCUGCGAAGAUGCUCUGGCAUUCUUCAAGAAUCAUCUCUACCCACUUUUUCACUAUCUGAAACAGUAUAUGAAUAUUGAAUUAGUUCCCUACGGUCUUGUGAAAGUGAAUGGCGAAUGCCAACAUGGCUACGGAGAUUGUUUGGGCAACUGGCAAAUCGCUUGCGCGUCUCAACACCUUCCCAGCCAGGAAGCAGCGCUUUCUUUCUCCAUGUGUUUGAUGAGCAACCCCUGGGUCAUCCUCCACGGCAACUUUUCCAGUAUCAGCAACUUGGGUUUGCAAUGCGCCAGGCACUUCCCGCGUAGUCACCGCCGGAUGCACACUUGUGGCGUCGGCACGGAAGGGCGCGACUUGUUCCUAAGGGCAGGCGCCAGGCAGCAUCAGCUGACAAGAACCCUAACUCAAGUGCCCACCGUGGCAUUCGACGGCGUCGUCGUAAUCCAGCGAGUGUCUGACUUACCCUACUUCCCAUCGUUGCUCUGUGAGAGGCUGAAAGAUAAUCCCGAAGCAAGUUCCUUGUGCCAGAGGGCAAUAUCUUCCCGUAGCCAAGGAUAAAUGAUUUGGCUGACGUGGUUAAAUUAUUUGGCUGACAAGGAUAGAUCAUUUUGCUGACGGUAAUAUGCGAUCUUCAUAGGCCUAUAUAUGGUUAUGGCUUGUGCGUCUAGACGAUAGCAAUUGUUAUGACUUAAUUCUAAAUUUAAUUCCUCUUUAAUAUGAACUUCUUUUGUGACUUUAUUCCAUAAAUACGAAUAAAGAUGUGCAUACUGA